CGUCUCCGGCAGAGACGCCUCCUGGAAACAACGGUGGUGCUGCUACCACCUGGUUCUCUUCUCAUCCCGCCGAGGAGCAACUGCUGGGAUGCCAAAGAAGUUCCAGGGCGAGAACUCCAAGGCGGUCACAGCCAGAGCCCGAAAGGCCGAGGCCAAGGCGACGGAAGACGCCCGCAAGAAGCAGGAGGAGGAGGACUCCCUGUGGCAGGAAACAGACAAACAUGUGCUCAAGAAGGGGCAGAGAAAGGAUGACAAGGAGAAGAAGAGGAUGGAACUCCUGGAGAGGAAAAAAGAAAACCAGCGUCUUCUAGAUGAAGAGUUCGCCAGGAUUAAAGGCAAAUCAAUGGAGUCUCCAGGUGGAGGAAAAGUGACCCGGGCCCAGAUCGAGGAGACGCUUCUGAAUGAGCAGCAGGAGCAAGAGGAGCUCCAACCGAAAGAAAAGAGCCACCUGGAGACUCCACUGGAGGAGAACGUGAACAUAAUUAUCCCUGAAAAAGGAGCAGUGGAAGCCAGAUCAAUAGAAGAUGCCAUCGCUGUGCUGAGCACGGGGCCUGAGGACCUGGACCGCCACCCGGAGCGGAGGGUGAAAGCAGCCUUUCUUGCCUAUGAGGAGGCAAACAUGCCUCUCCUAAAAAAGGAGAACCCCAACAUGAGAUUGUCGCAGCUGAAGCAGCAGUUGAAGAAGGAAUGGAUGAAGUCACCAGAGAACCCCUUGAACCAGCGCUUUUCCUCAUACAACUCAAAGUGAUGACACUCCUUCCAUCUUGACGCCAUUUGAGCACUGUGGAGACUUUAAUUGGAAAAAUCAAAUAAUUUCAUCCUUAAAUUAACGAGGCCACUACCUGCUCAGAAACAAUAUCUCCAGUACCAGAGGACGCUCACCUCCAAGGAGAAGCUCACCCCUCAACGACACAACUAAUCAUCAUUUCCGUGCACGUGGCCUCUAAUUUUGAUUGUGUGCAUCUAAUAAAUUUAAUGAGAUCUCUUUUUUCUUUUUUUUUUUAGCACUUCUUUAAAAGUGGGGAAUUUUAUGUUUUGAGAGUAACUUAUUAAAGUUGACCGCUCGACCAUCA